UACAACUAGAACUACAAAAAUGAAACGCCACAAAUCGGUCACAUUUAUUAACUUAAUUCACGUGACAUGGUUGUACCACAGUAAAAAUAAACAAUGUUAAUGAAAACAGUGCACCCCUAAGUGCCGCUCUGCCUUAAUUAACUGUAAGCUUGUUCCUAGUUGCCCAUUGCGCAGUGAACCGUUGAAAGGCUUGUAAUAAAGUGUUGUGAAUAUCAGAUGGUCCGUCCACACUUGUGAUUACAUCCUCGGCUGGGGCAGAUUCUCCAGCGCGUGAAAGGCCAAAUGGCGAACAGAGGAACAAGCGUAACCAUUUACCCUUCUGUUAUGAAUACAAUAUGAGGGCGUGCGUGUGUGACAGCGGACAGCGCCCUUUCCCCUCACACUCCCCAACCCCAAGUGCAUCUCGUCCACGCUGUUAACUGUUGUUCAAAUGUCGGUUGCUCUGUAUGUCGCCAUUGUAAGAUGGAUCAGUUGGCGCUCUAAAUGGAACUCUUUUUUUUUUAAAUAAUUGUCAGGAAGUGGGCUCCAUUUCAAGUCUGUUUUUGUGUUUUGAAAUGAAGUUUUCUGCUUUAUAUUCGCGUUGAUGUUCGUACUGGGGAGUCUGAUUUUUAGGGAAACACGGCGAUCGUGUCUAUCUGUCUGUUACGUUGAGAUAUUAAAAAAAUAUUUUUACUAUAAAAUGUUGAGUUUACCAUCAGCUGUUGCUUGAUCCUUCUUGGUACAGCUAACUUUGCUAUUCCGAAAAGCGUACUCAUUUGAAUAAUGUAUGCAUAUUGUAGGCCCUCAUACAUAGAUAUAUGUAUACGCCGUUUCUUACCAUUCCUCCAAUCAGCUUGCGAUAUCUUCAUGGGUUAAGGAAUCAAAAAGUUGAAAACUUGUUGGACGAAUAUUUUGAAAAAAGUCUCUAAGGACUUUCCUAGAAACUUGACAGAUUACCUUUAAGAAAAUUAACUACCAAAAUGGCCAUACUAUAAAAUCUCUGGUUUGACUGUAGUAAUCGUUCAAAAUUAGAAUCAUCUUAAACUUUAGUUUGUCUUACAUCUUUGAUCUCGAGCACGGCUACAGGGGUAGUCACCUCCCUCGACUCAAAGGUUUCCUUGUAUUCAGUGUACGUACGGUACAUGUGCGUGAACUCAUGGGCUGGACUGGGGGUAGUAGAAGAACUGGAUUGGGUAAGGCUCACAGUAUCGAAGGAUCACAGGAAAUAAAUAAAAGGAGAAUUUCUUAGACCAACAUUAUUCUUCAUAAAGGAGGAAUUGAUUGAAAAACCUCGGUUUGUUAAUUGUAUUCAUACAAUUGAAUACUUCAGUCAUUAUCACUAUUAUCUAAUUCAUAUCUUCAAAACGAAGAGUGUAUAAUAGAUAACACAGUAACCACAUGUUUUAUUUUUGAUAUAUCUGUAGUAGUUACUUAUGGUCCAGUCCAAACAUUGGUCACCAAAUGACGGACUAAGUUACAUAUUAUUUACAACCUACUUUGUAACAUUGUUAUCAUUACGGGAAUUUUCAUUUUUUUUUUAAAAUUUUAAUUAAAAACAUUUUAAAUAUAACACAUUAAGACUCCUGCCCUUCCAUGAUAAUGUCCCCUACCGCCUCUUCACAAGAAAUGUCUUUUAACAAUGUUAAUCGCCCUAACUCAAACUUGCCAUUGGGAUUCACUACUUCGUCGUCCCGGACACACGGGCCAGUGCGUAGGAGUAUUUUUUUGAGAAGCGGGAGGCUGAAAAGUAGUCUAGAUGAAGUCAAAAAUAUCCAAGUGUAGUUCUCCAUUGUUCAUAUUCCUAUCCCGGACGGUUCAGCUCUCAUGCCGACCAUUGAUCAAUGAACGAUUCAGCGCGAGGAAGAGCGAUAACUUUACGCGCCCCCCUAUCUUUAGCUUUCACAGCCAACAGGGGAGGCGAAUGACUGUAAGCCUUUGGAGCCGUGGUCCUGGUUAUUCCCCUCUCCUUUCUCUAGAUAUACAAAUAUAUGAAAAGUUUUGAAAUUGCAUCGGUCGUGUGUGUUCUUGUGCAGUUUCCUCUUGGAUUAAUGAUGAAACCAUUGGAACGACGAAAGCUUGUUGUAUACUCAGACUGACACUUGGAAUAUUGUGUUUUUUUUCUGCUCAUCAUUGUCUGCAUCUUUGUGAGAAAUUCGUAGGUUGUGGAUAUAAUAGAGAACAAGGAAAUAUACAUUCUGAAUCCGUGAUGGUGUCCUAUUAAUUCUGGUCAAGUACGAUUGUGUUUUUGUCUGCUCCAAAGUUAGCAUGACCCCCGUGGUGAGGGGAGGCUACUCGAGCACCCCCCGCCCACACUGAAUGGUGGCGGACAAUGGCAACUUAUUCUGAGAGUUCUCAAACAAUUCCCAGCCGGACAGCGAGAGGCGGACACUUGGAAUAAGAAAAGAACAUAAAGUGAGAGAAAAAAAAAGAGUAUAUUAUGUGAAGUGUACACCGUAUAUCGAAAUGAAAGUUUUCUAUUCACUAAAGUGAAAGGACGAAUAAAGAAACAAAAAAAAAUAUGCUCUAGCGGGAAAGCUAUUGUGAUUUAGCAGACGACAGCAGCCAUGGAGGCAAAAUCUUAUGAUGAUACUGUGCCAAUUGCCGUCCAGGCACAAGAGAGCAAGCGUCGGAAGCGACGUAUUAUGAAAAUAGCUGUCUACUUCAUGUUUGGAGUCAUUGCCCUUGGCCUGUUUGCGAUGUGGCUGAUCCACAAAGACCCCGUGGAGUCGCUGAGAUUUGGUGCUGACUUCAUCAUGACUUCCAAACUAAGGUCCUUGGAGGUCAAGAACAGUCAGGGGGACAGCGUCCUUUACGGCGAGAUGGGGAGAGCCUUGGAGGCCACUCAAUACGACCGCUGCUGGGACAACAACUCCAAGACCUUCGAAGAGAACUGUCUUCACUGGAGAGACACAGCCGAGCUAAGGGUGCAGAGGUUCACCAACAACACGUCUUCGUGCUAUAGGCUCCAGUGGGAUGGUCUGAUGCCAAACAAGCCAGCAGAGGACUGCUACUACCUUCAACGCUACAACUGGUUCGGCUACCUUACCAAUGCGACCCAGCCAUGGCCAAUCAACGAUGUGACGAUUGAGAACAUGGACUUUUACAUUGAGUAUCCUCAGGAGCAGUCUGAAAACCUUGUUCCCAUUUGGUUUGGCCAGCAAGGGGUGUCCAUAUUCCUUGACUCCAGCUUCCCAUUUGUCUUCUCCUGGAAUGUGACGGACAAACGACAGUUUUGCAUUCGCUCAAAGCUGAUGACUCAGGAGGCUGGAGUGCCUUUGACGCAGCUACGUUACACUAUAUGUCAAAGUGAUUCUUUGAAGGAUGUCUACAGCUUUACACAGCAGCACCGAGAAGAGCAGGACAUUGGAUUCUCUCACAACAAAGAGCACCUGCUUCUGUCUAAACCCAUUCAUGCGCUGUCCUCUCGGUCAAACUUGCAGGAGCUUUUGUCACAGCUGCGGAGAAAUGAAUCCCAGUGUAGCUUGCUGGAGCUGCAUGACGAAUGGGAGAGCAAUUUUGGAGAUCUGGAACUAGAUCCAAACUAUGCCGAUCAAAUACAAGCUCUUUUCCGGGAAGCUGAGAGGCUGAAUUGUUCCCCAAUACUUCCGGUCUCGACCUUUUUCAGUUACAAGUCUCCCCAUUUCAAGGAAGGCGUGGACAGAGGCUACUUUGUAAGGGACAGUCAGAAUAUAGUCACAAGAAUGAUAAGGUGGAGGGGACAAGAAGGGGCUGCCCUGGACGUAUCCAAUCCUAAAGCUGAAGCAUGGUUCAAAGGUCACAUAGGUCGGCUGAUCAGUGAAUACAAGAUCAGCGCCUUAAAGCUUCUUCAUCUUAGUGUUCCUCCAGACUCUACCUAUUAUGAUAGAAACAUGACGUAUUUGGAAUACACCAGAAAACUGUACCUUGACCUAGCCACCUUCAGCAAUGUUUCCUUAGUCCUGGAACUGGCUACCGGAUUUAUCCCAUUACCUGUAUACACCCCCGUUAGGAUGAACUUCUAUAAACAAGAGGACAGGUAUUGUCUGAAUACUUCUAUUCCAUUUUCUUUAAUGCUAGGCUUGAGCGGCUUCCCUCUUUUGAUUGCUGAUGCCGAUCGCAUGGCUGAUAACUCCACCACAGAUGAGAUGUUUAUGCGAUGGCUGCAAAUUGCCAUUUUCUUCCCUAUGCUGGAAAUUCCCAGCAUUCCCAUACUGAAAAAUAAAACCAUGCAAGAGACUCUACAGUGGGCUUUAAGUGUAAGGAAUGAAAAAAUCCUGCCCAACAUGACCCAGUUGUGGAAAGAGCAGCCUGACCUGCCAAUCAUCCGACCCCUGUGGUGGGUCGCCACCGAUGACCUUCAAGCCCUGGUCAUCAAUGAUCAGUUCAUGGUAGGGGACCAUAUGAUGGUUGCACCAUUCACCUGUGAAAAUGAAUACAAGAAAAAUGUCUAUUUCCCAAGAGGCACUUGGCUGAGGGCAUCCACCAAACAGGAAUACAUAGGCCCAAACUUUUACUCAAUAACUAUAAAAGCAGCCAAUGAAAGUGUUUAUUUUUGGAAACAAGGGGAGUAAAUUUCUAGCUCAUCAUUGUUAUUUUCUUUUUUAAUCCCAAGAAAACAUUAAAAAAAAAACUAUUACCCUAUUUUUAAUUAUUAAAAUAAAUGUGAUAGCAUUGAGAAUUAAUGUGAAUUCUUAGAAAAUCUAGUCUGUUUUAUUUUACUUGGAUGUAUGGCUUCAAUUAAUAUAUGUAAUAACUAAAUCUUUUUUAGCAAACAAUGAAAGUGACCAUCUGUUAACGAAACUAAGGGAUUGUAUAGCUUAUGCUGGUCUAUCAUUCGAUCACUAUAGCAUCCAUUGAUAUUAUCUGUAUUUAUUUGUACUUUACUUGUACAGACUUCAUGUCAAAGAAUUGCAUUUAUUAUGAAUCUCAGUCAUAUAGUUGUUUUUCUUUAGUACUUAGUAAUAUCUAAAGGACAUACUUUUUUUUUCAAUAGACUUUUCAAGAAUGAAAUAAGACAAAGUGAAUGACUAGAUUGUUGAUUGGAAACUGUAACAGUUACUAUCCAGUUUAUGUUAAUUUAUUUUGUCAUUUUGCCUGAGGGAAAGUCUCAUACAAUUGAACCUCAAACAAUACAAAUAUUUUUUUUUUAAAAUACGAAAAUCGAUGCUAUAAAAUGUUUGCCAAGUGUAGUCUAUGAUGAAAGGCAUCUUGGCCUUGCCAGCCAGUUAUGACAGAAUCAAUUUUAAAAUCCUUAUCAAUAUGUGGUACUGACAUGUUUGUUGCUCUUUAGUAAACUAUUUUCUAUCACAAUCUAAACUAUUUGAGAACAGGAAGAGGAAAUAAUUCUUCUUUCAAAGUAAACAUUAGCAUUAGCCAGAAUAUUUUUCUAGGGGGUGGGGGUAAAAAAGGGUAAGGGGUAAACUUUUUUUUUUCUGUUUUUCUAGACACACACACGUACAUACAUAAUUGUAUAUAUGUAUAACGCUUAAUUUAUGUUACGAAUGUUCACUAUAGCUAGCCAGUUCGUUUUUAUCAAAGGGUCUCUCGUACCUUAUAAUAGGUUCUUUCUGGAGUUAGUGGAAUGAUUGUAGAUGCCAUUCCCACCAAGUGUUUUUUUUUCUGUAUUCUAAGCUUCAAAAUAAAUAUUCUAAGAUCUCUACAAUGUCUAUUCUUCCAACAAAAGUUCAAGUCAAAUAUCACAUCUGCUAUUUACAUUUUGUUAAUGGAAGGAGAGGCACAGUGGCUGAGUGGUAAAGUACUUGGCUUCCAAACCUGAAGUUAUCUCGUCCUUAGUACUUCAUGACAUUUAAUAAUUUCAUCUUUAAUUCCUUAUGACAUUAAUUAUCUCAUCUCUAAUUCCUUAUGACAUUAAUUAUCUCAUCUUGAGUACUUUAUGACAUUAAUUAUCUCAUCUUGAGUUACUUAAUAGCACUAGUUUCUUAGGAGGCAGGGUGGCUGAGCGGUAAAGCGCUUGGCUUCUGAACAAGGGACCAGGGUUCGAAUCCUGGUGAAGAUUUUUAAUUUCGGGAUCUUCGAGCGCCUCUGAGUCCACCCAGCUCUAAUGGGUACCUGGCAGAGUUUGAGAAAAGUAAAGGCAGUUGGUUUUUGUGCUGGCUACAUGACACCCUAGUUAACCGUAGGCCACAGAAACAGAUGACCUUUACAUCAUCUGCCCUUUAGAGCACAAGGUCUGAAAGGGGAACUUUGCUUUUACUUUUACUAGUUUCUUAGCACAUAGUACUUAAGUUCUUUUAGUGAAAAACAUUUUUCAACAAUAUACUAAUUAUCCUUGAUGAAUGACUUUCUCUAGGCAUUAGUUUAAAGGAACAUCUGCAAUUUAUAAUCUAAGAUAAGUUUUAGUUCUGUCCUAUACAUACACUUUCCUAUUUUAUCAUCAAUUUAUUGUGUGUAAGAAAUAUCUUUUAAAGUAUUUUCCAUUUCUUUUACUCAAUAUUGUUACUCAUAAUAUAUGGAUUUUUUAAAUUUAUUUUCACAUCAUUGUAUAAACUCUACAAGUAGCCUACUUAAGUCACAAUAUUUAAUUCUAAUAAGAUGGUCCCCAAAUUUUGUUUUCAAUAUAAGUUAGUAAUGUAAAAUAAUGAAGAGAUCCAUUUUCCUCCUUUUUUCCUCAUACAAGUAGUCAGGGGAUAUUACUGUAGGAUGUCAUUUUGUCUUUUAUAUUCUAGACCAGCGGUUCUCAACCUUUUAUGCUCGGCAACCCCUUUUUACAAUCCUCCACACUGCCGCGACCCCCCCCCCCCCCAACCGGCAAACACACACAGCAAUAGAAGAAUAGACAGAAACAAUCCAUUUUUUCGAUGGUCUUUGGCGACCCCUGGCAAAUCGUCAAUCGACCCCAAGGGGGUCGUGACCCACAGGUUGAGAACCCCUGUUCUAGACCCAGCAGAUCAGUGUUGAUACUCAAAGGCUUAAAAACAUUUCAUAAAUCAUUCCUUAAUAUUUAUAUCAUCAUGUUUUUUUUCUAUUAUAGAACAUAAUUUAUAUAAAUUAUAUUUACCACUCUUAUUUACACUUCAUUUACAUUUACACUGUAUUCCAUUGUCAGUUUUCUAAAAAGUCUUUUUUUCAAUGUCUGAGUCUUUUUCUUCCAAUUGGUUUUUAUGCAUUUUGUUUAAUAUUUCCAAAAAAUAAGGUAAUGAAUGAGAAAGACAGUUUAUAGACACAGAUCAAAAGAGAACAUUAUAGGAUAAAUGAAAACUACAACCUUGUUGCCAACUGUUAAUUCAUUAAAUGUACUAGAUACAAUAUUAACAAAUCUUUACCAAUAUCAUUUCACAAAGGAUUCUAAGAAAGAUUAUUUAUAGAUGACAUAAAAUUGUAUUUAAACCAAUAUAUUCUCUUUGUUGAUGUUUAUAAUGUAAAACAUAUUCAGGAAUUCUGGGUGGAAACAGACAAUAUUGCAAACUACUUCUAACAGAUAUGAGGAGACAGUUAAGCUUCUUUGGUGAUUAAGUCCAGCAUGUAAAAUGGAAAGUAAGUGUUCCAUAACUCUCAACCAAUGUUUAAACCUGAAUUGUUUGAAAUUUGUUAAAACUUUUUUUUUUUUUUUUAACAAUGUUUAUAUCAGGUUACUCUGUCUAUCUGGUACAAAUGUUGUAAAUAUUAUUGCUCCCACUUCUAAUUUUUGCAUCUAGUUGAAAUUUUGAUUAUUCAUCCUCGAAGACAAUACAUGAAUCAAUGAAAACAAUUAAACAAUAAGUUAAUUAAUUAGUGGUCAGAAAUUUAUUUUGCUUUUUUUUUUUUGUAGAAAAAGGGAGAUACAUCUUGCAAUAUUGAGAGAUAUGACAGUAAAUGUGCUUUUCUUUUCCUCAUCUAUCCUUUAUUUUUUGAAAUAAAAGUAUUUUUUGAAAUAUUUUGCUUGUUUUUUUUUAAAACUGCAAUAAUAUUUUUUUAUUAUUGCGGGGUGGGGUAUUUAUUUGUGCAUUUUGUUGUUUACUUUAUAAGACUCAAACACACACUGGCUUUAGUUUAUUUUAAUUCCAUGGAUAUUUUCAUUUUUUUUCACAUGAUAAUAUGUAAGUAAAAGUAAAUGUCUACAAUUUCAUGUAUUGCAUUUACCAACUAGAUUUUACAUAACUUAAACAGUGUAUAUUGAAAUGUAUAUAUGUUGUACUUAUGUUGUACAUUGGUUCGUUCUCACUAUUGAGAGGGAUAGCUGCCUGGACAUGUUUGUCCAAAGUAGUCAUGAUUAUCUUAAGUUUGAACCCUACCUAUCAGGAUGGAAUUUGUAGGACUGUGCUAUGGUAUAAUUAUAUACAUCUCUGAAUUAAUGUCUGAAAAUUGCAAAACAAUUAUUUUACUCUUAUCAUUGUUCAAAUGGCCUUUAACUUUUUAAAAAAAAAUGUCUUUCUAAAACUUUUUGUUGUACUGUGUUAGUAGGCAUAAAACAUGACCGUCAUUAUUUUUACAUAUUUGUGUUUUAAAUACUUAUUUUUUUUCCCUCUGUAACAGGUUGCAAUAUUUAAUCAUAAGCGGAAAACCAUUUUCUCUGCAAGUUUUUCAUAAUGAUCUCCCUUGUUAUUUUAAGUAAACUUUUGUUCAGUUUUCUACUUAACCAAAACAUUGCUUUCUAAUCUUGUUGUUUCUUUUAUUGUUAUUCUUCAAUGUGUAUGUGAAUUGGAAAUGUUUAUAUGUAGUAGGAGGUAACUCUUCAAAGAGGAAAUGUAUGUGGGAUAGCUAUUUGUUCCCUGCCUGAUUCUAGAGAGUGAUGAAAUGAUGUGUUAUUUCCUUUUUGUUUUAAUUUAUUACCAGUAUCAUAAAAGUAAUUGCUAUUAAAUCUAACCACAGAAUAGAAAAUAAAUAUAUUACACCAUAUCAUAUGAAAUACAGAUGUUGCUUCACAAAAGAAGAUGAUUAAGUCCUACGCUUGUUCUUGUGUCAAUGUAGUCAUGCUUGUCAAUCAAUCACUUAAACUCUGCCAAUUCACUGGUUUUCCUGGCUGACUCGAGCAUCCCAAUAUGGCAAUACAUAUCUUUUCGCCUCCAUCUUCCAUCCUUCAGGAUGCUUAAAGCUUUGUGUAACAACUUUAAACAAGAUUUUCUUAAAUUAUGUAAAAGAUUUUUCUACUUUGAAACCAUAGUCAGCUUGCAUCCUGCUAAGUGAAGACAGCAAAAAAAAAAAAGUCAAUCUAACAAAAUAAAAAUAAAAAAAUUGACAUAAAGCCCUCUUAUUAUUCCUGUGCUUUUGAAAAAAAACAACAAAUCCUUGUAGACAUCACUAGUCCGGAGCCUAUUUCCUGCUUUCAUCCCUGCUAAACUACAGGGGAUUUAAAUCUAAAAAUGGUUCUAUUUUAAACAUCAUAAAUUGUAUACAGCUAUUACAAAUCCUGUCAUUCGUAUUGAUGGAAUCUUUAUUUUGUUUGGUAAUUUUUUUGUUUAAUUGUAAGAUUAUUUUUUAUAUAAGGGGAACUUGCAGUGACAUUGGGGAGCUAGAAAAUGUAUUGUUAUGAAAAUGCUGUUUUUUUAAAUGAAAAAUAUUAGGAAUAGGGACAUACUGUUACAUACUUAAAAUCUAUAUGCUAGCAAAAGAUUUUUCAUUUAAGCCUGUAAUUUAAAGUCGUAUACUAAUUUUUUAAAACUACAUGUUUGAAUGUAAUGUUUUAUUGUGAGAAAUCCAGGAGUAAAAUUUUCAGUGUAGAGUUUUUCAACAUUUGUAUUACUGAGAAUAACUAUAUAUAUGUUGAUGCUUUUUUAAACAUUUUAAAUCAUUUCAACAAUGAUCACAGAUUAGAGCAUGUUUUGGCCAUUUUGACAUAAAAAAAACAAAUGAUGGAUGUGUCCAAUGUUUAUGCUGCUCAAAAAAGAUGGGUUAGUUCCUUUUGUAAGUGCCAACUGUUUUUCUGUCACUAAAGUGAGGCUAGUUUUUAGAUUCACUUGAAUCAAUCUGAGUCUGAUCAAAAGACAUGUUUAAAUAAAGAAAAUAAAAUUGUGAUAUGGCACACACAAUAUUUACUGUCAUAGUGUUGUUUUUUUUUUUACAACUUAGUAAUUGUAUUAUUAAUAAUGUAAAAAUGUUUUUAAAAAAAUUUAUUAUCUUUGUUUAUAAAUGUACUUGGACUACUAUUUAGUAAAUAUUUUUUUUUGCAUUGUGAAAUUUCUCUGAAAUAGAAAGCAUUAAAAAAAUAUUUCCUUCCAAAGUUAUUAAUUAAACCCUGAGAGUCUAAUUGAUUAUAGCUCAAGUAUGAAAGCAAUUAUGUUUUUCUAUUUCAAUAUCUGUCUUAAAAGUGAUUUGAUUGAAUGCUUGGAUUUCUGAGUGAGAUAUUCAAUUAAUUUUCUUUCUAUGAUAUGAAACUUUUUCUUUUUGAAAGCCGUCAAGGUCAAAGUAAUACACCUUUGAAUGUCAUUGUGAAAAAGAAAUAGUGUGUCCUAUGAUUAAUAUAGUGUGUACUUUUGCAGCCUUCUUAAAACAGAUGUAUUGCCUAUAGAGUAAAAGAAGGUUGUUUGGAAACUGUGUUACUUAGAUUUUACAUGUUGUCUUUUUACAGGAUCAUUAGUUUCUCUUUUCUAGCCUAUGUGUGUGUAAUUAUGUACUUAGUGACCAGUGGUCAUAGUUUAUUUAUUUUCAUCUAGCUUUAUAGUAGUGUACAUAUAAACCAAAUCUUUAAAAAAAAUACUCUCAAUGAAAUCUCUCCAAUCCUGCAAUUUUUAAACAAGAAUUAAAUGUUAUUUAUAGAUUCCACAUUGACUGUAAGAAAUAGUAACAUGUGAAUGUUGUUGGUCAAGAAAAAAACAAUGUUUAAAUAAGUUUUACUAAAGUUUUGCUAAUUAAAAAACAUGUUUUGAUGUUAUACUUUAUAAAUAUAUUUUGUAUUUAUAACAUAUAACUUAGUAUCAAAAUAAUUUUUUAUGUUUGUGACUGUAACAAUCCAUCAAAUCCAGAAGAUAUUACAGCUUAAUUGGCUUGCUCUAUUUGUAAGGAUUUAAUUAUGUUUGCUGUUUGAACUAAUUAUCUAGUUUCUGUUGUUGGUCAUAGAAUUUUUUUUGUGUCUUUUUUUUCUAUGCCAAAUACAUUUUCUAGUUAUUUUUAUGUCUAUGUACUGAAUUGUCACUACAGGGUUAGGGUCAUCACAAGGGGAUAAAAAAGUUUUAAAAUUUGACUUGCCACUGGUAAUGAGCCAUACAAAGUUUUGCUUCAUUUAAGACAUAAAAAUUGAUUCUAGACAAAAAUCAUCUUGAUUCUGGACAAAAAUCAUCAUUUUCUCAUAAUGCCUGUAAUUCACACUCCAACUUUUUAGUUUCACCUUGGCGAUUGCCUUUCAUUUAUAUAUCUUUUUUUUGUUUGUUUGCCCUGUUGCUUCUGAUGGCUCUUAAUUAAUCUUUAAGGUUUGUUACAGUGUGUGAUGUGCCCUUUUGUUUUUACUAAUUAUUGUCCUCUUUACCAUUAAGCCAGUAUUUUAUAAGACCUGUGGAUUUUACUGAGUCUUCAGUUGUUAUUUUGAAUUUCCAUCGCCCUGAAAACAGUUGCAUCAUUAAUGUGAAACAAUAAGGUGACAAAUGCUGCAAGUUUGUAAAUCUGUAGCUACUUGUCUUUUUUUGUGUGUACUUUACAGAGUAUUUAAUGGCUAGAGCUCAUGACAGACUACUUCCGGGGCGCUGCACAGCAGGCGACCUGAUUAUACUGGACUCUUAGUCUUAAAAGUAGCGGAUGUUUCCAAUCUUAAGAGAGUUUAUUUCAUUCUAGCUUCACUAACAGAUGAGAAGAUAGUCUUCCUCUUUAUCAUACUAAACUCUUGGAAGCACUUUAAAGUCUCGACAGGUACUAAUUCUUAGUGAUCAAAGAACUUUAUUUUACAUUAGUCCAUGGGUGUCCAAACGUUUCAUUCUGGGGGCAAAAUAAAUUUCCGUGUGUCAGGGGCCACAUAAUAAUAAAAUCUUCAGGGUCCAUAGGAACCAAUUCUCAUGGCUGCAGGACACAUUGUGGGCUGGAUCGCAGCACAUCACAGGCUGGAUGUGUCCCACAGGCCUCAGUUUGAGGAUC